AUGGAUGUUGAAGAAAUGGUAGCUAUAUUUUUACAUAUCAUAUCUCAUGAUGUGAAGAAUAGAAUUAUAAGACGUCAAUUUGCACGUUCAGGUGAAACAAUAAGUAGGCAAUUCAAUCUUGUAUUAGGUGCUUUGUUACGUCUCCAUGAUGUAUUGCUAAAAAAACCAGAGCCAAUUCUUGAUAAUUCAACAGAUGAAAGGUGGAAAUGGUUUAAGAAUUGUCUGGGAGCACUUGACGGUACAUACAUCAAGGUCAAUGUUUUAUCAUCAGAUAGACCUAGAUAUAGGACCAGAAAGAACGAAAUUGCCACUAAUGUAUUAGGGGUGGUGUCACAAGAUAUGCAAUUUAUUUAUGUUCUGCCUGGAUGGGAGGGUUCAGCAGCUGACUCAAGAGUCUUGAGAGAUGCUAUAUCUAGGACAAACGGUCUUAAGGUUCCACAAGGAUAUUAUUAUUUAUGUGAUGCUGGAUAUCCCAACGGUGAAGGAUUUUUAACACCAUAUAGAGGUCAACGAUAUCAUUUAAACGAUUGGGAUAUCCCACCAAAUACUCCCCAAGAAUUUUUUAACAUGAAACACUCAUCUGCUAGGAAUAUAGUAGAGAGAGCAUUUGGAUUAUUGAAAGGACGAUGGACAAUUCUUAGAGGUCGAUCAUAUUAUCCUGUGAAGAUACAAUGUCGAAUUAUUUUAGCAUGUUGUCUUCUCCAUAACUUGAUUAUAAGAGAAAUGCCUUUGGAUCCUUUGGAACAUUCUCCUAUUGAGGAAAGUAACAUUGGUGAUGAUAGUGAUGAUAUAGGUGAUGAUUGUUAUCGGCAUAUUGAAACAUCAAGUGCGGAACUCGAUGAAAAAAUGGAUGCUAGUUCCCAGUCGAUAUCAAUUGGUGGGAAAAAGCAUCAAUGGACCACCGUUGAGGACUCUAAGUUGGUAGAGUGCUUAAUGGAUUUGACUAAUGGUGGAAGGUGGAAAGCAGAUAAUGGUACAUUCAAGCCUGGAUACUUACAACAGUUAGAGAAAAUGAUGGCUGAAAAGAUUCAUGGUUGUGGACUUAAAGCACAACCACAUAUUGAUUCACGUGUUAGGAUAUUGAAGAAACAAUACCAUGCAAUUUCUAAAAUGUUAGGACCUAAUGCUAGUGGAUUUGGGUGGAAUGAGGUAGACAAAUGUGUUGUGGCUGAAAAAUCUGUCUUUGAUGAAUGGGUGAAGGCAUAG